GUACAGAACUCAUCUGAGGAAAAAAAAGAGAACGAAGUGAUUGUUCCUGUUCUCUUUCUUAAGUCAUUCGGAACACUGUCUCUCUACGUUUUCUAAAUCCAUUUGUGCAGUUCUUAGACAAGAAACAGCAGAAGCUGCCAAUUAGGGAGCAGGUACAAACCUUUGGGUCACCCAUCAUUGCAGUGUCAGCAACUGACACAAAUGCCUUCUGGAGCCUGUGCAGAUGCAUUUAAAGCAAAUUUGGCACAAAGGAAAUAAAUUAAUGACUUAGACUAGACAGACCUUCAGUUGGGCACUUUCAAAAUACAGAAGAAUCAUCUUGCUGCCCUUGGCCAGAGGAAUCUCCUCUACAAAAGAAGCAAGCAUGUGAGAGUUCAUCUGAAAGCCCCCUCUUACAUAGGUUCCUUAGUCUACACAGAACAAAAGGAAGCUAGAUGAUGCAAGAAGAAUUAAACACAAUGAAGAAAGAGGAUGCCCAUCGCAGUAGGGAUAAUAUGCACCCACUUCCUUUUCCCCAUUGCUUGGACCCUGUUGCCAAGUUGGACAUGGCAUCGCCUCUCAGUGAAGAAUUCAGAACGCAGCUUGCCCCAUUUGGAUAUGGCCCUCCCCCAGGCCUUCCCAACUUCCAGGGGUCCUUUGAAGGAGGAUCCCGUAAGCGUAAAAGCAUGCCCACCAAAAUGCCUUCUGCCAUCCUGCCAGGGGAUCCCACAUCUCCACUCCCUAGAUCUGAAGACACUGUCACUGGAGGUUCCCCCAGCCUCCCUUUACUAUUCCAGCACCACCACACUCAGCCAAAGUACAACGCCCACAUGAUAGACCUGUGCAACAUUGGCUUUCAGUUCUACAGAACUCUGGAACACUUUGGAGCACACCCUGUCAAGGAAGAGCCAAUAAAGCCAAACGUGCUAUGGCCUGGCCCCACAACAUUUCUGCAGGCUCCCUACCCAUACUAUCCUAAAGUUCACCCUACCCUGAUGUUUCCUUUUAUUGUGCCACCUGAUUUUCAUUUCAGAAAUGCUUUCCCUCUGAAAAGGUCUCCAGAGCCACCACUCAGGAGAGCUGAGUUAGGAGAACAAGCCGAAAACAAGCAGAAGGUAGACAGGGUGGACGUGAACAUUCAGAUUGACGACAGCUACUAUGUUGACGUUGGAGGGGAGCAAAAACGCUGGCAGUGUUCCAUGUGUGAAAAGUCAUACACCUCCAAAUACAACUUGGUGACUCACAUUUUGGGGCACAGCGGCAUCAAGCCACAUGCUUGCUCUCACUGCGGCAAGCUUUUCAAGCAGCUGAGUCACUUGCACACCCACAUGCUGACCCACCAGGGCACCAGGCCGCACAAGUGCCAAGUGUGCCACAAGGCCUUCACCCAAACCAGCCACUUGAAGAGGCACAUGAUGCAGCACAGUGACGUCAAGCCAUACAGCUGCAGGAUCUGUGGGAGGGGGUUUGCCUACCCCAGCGAGUUGAAAGCCCACGAGUCCAAGCAUGAGAAUGGCCGGGAGAACAUUUGCAUCGAGUGUGGCCUUGACUUCCCAACCCUGGCACAGCUGAAGAGGCACCUAACCACCCAUCGUGGUCCCAUACAGUACAACUGCACAGAAUGCAAUAAGACGUUCCAGUAUCCAAGCCAGCUGCAGAAUCACAUGAUGAAGCACAAGGACAUCCGCCCAUACAUCUGUACUGAAUGUGGCAUGGAGUUCGUACAACCCCAUCACCUCAAGCAGCACUCUUUGACUCACAAGGGUGUGAAAGAACACAAAUGUGGGAUCUGUGGUCGGGAGUUCACACUACUUGCCAAUAUGAAGAGACAUGUCUUAAUUCACACCAACAUCAGGGCUUAUCAGUGCCACCUGUGCUUCAAGAGUUUUGUGCAGAAGCAGACUCUCAAAGCCCAUAUGAUUGUGCAUUCAGACGUCAAGCCCUUCAAAUGUAAGCUAUGCGGAAAAGAAUUUAAUCGAAUGCACAAUUUAAUGGGACACAUGCACUUGCAUUCUGACAGCAAGCCAUUCAAAUGCCUCUACUGCCCCAGCAAAUUCACCUUGAAGGGGAACCUCACCAGACACAUGAAAGUCAAACAUGGAGUCAUGGAAAGAGGAUUUCGUUCUCAAGGACUUGGAAGGGAACGAAUAAGAACAUCACAAAUAGAAGCCUCAGGAAGCAUGGAACAGGAAGAACCCUUUGACCUUUCCCAAAAAAGCCAAGGGAAGGAGCUUUCAUUUCACUCUGAUGGCGAAAGUGUGAAAGGGAGUUCAUGUCAUGAGGAAGAGGAAGACAACUGCCUUGAGUCAGAGCAGUAUAGCCCUGGCAUGUUCCACAGCAACAACAAGGCAUAUACGCUGCAUGAUCUUUCAGGCCAACCAGAGCAUGAGAUGAAAGACUUCAGGGAGUUGUACUGUGACGGGAAAGAGAAACGGCUGGAUGGAAAAUGUGAGGAGAAGAAAGAAAAUGAAGGAAAAGAAAGCUGUGAAGAGAGAGACUUUGUGAAUAACAAUGAAAAACACCUGAGUUUUAGCCACUUUGAAAAUAAUAGACUCACUCAGUCUCUUUCCAGCUACCUAUACUUUCAGCACAGAAACAAGAGUUUAAAGGAACUGUUGGAAAGGAAAAUGGAAAACCAAACUGUUUUUCUUGGUAUCUAAAUCAAGACCUCAGGAGUCUAACUUUUCAUUCUGUUGCAAGUGCCAACUAGGCCAGGCCUCUGUCCUAUUAAACUAAGAUUCUGUCCCAUUCUAGGAGGGUCAAGGAACAGAAACCAGAUCAAGUCUGUUUAGACCAGGGGAACUGAACCUCUUUCAGACCAAAGACCAAAUUCACUUUCAGAGAUACUCUUGGGGAGCUGCAGUGCCAGCAGAGUGUGAGGCAAGUUCAAAAGGAGGCAGAGCAAAAGACAAAAAUAUGCCAACUAGCACCACAUUUUAACUAAAGGUGCUAGUAAUGCCAGUAAUGAAAGCAUUCAGCCUUUUAGAAGGGGUGGGGGGCAGGCAAAAUCAGGAAAGCCACCAAUCAGAGGUUGAGAAAAGGGGUCAUGGCUUUCUGGAGAACCCCAGAUGGGCUGUAUUUGAGCCAUGAGCCUGAGAGUCAACACCACUAAUGUAGACAAUGCCUGGCUUGGUCCUCAAUAACCGCCCUGGUGCCAGGUUAUCAGAAAUAAAGCAAUCAAGUUGUGAUCUGAAACUAAUUCUUCAGAAGAGUUAGUCAUGCUGAAUUCAGUGUAAUUUAGGGUUGAACUAGACAUGAUGUUAAAUGUGUCUUUGUAUUAUACAUGCCGGGUUUAAAAAAAACCCAAAAUAGAUGCUUUUCCUCCCAAUGCAAAUAGCACCAUAAGAGAAGGACUUACACUCUGGAUGGCUGGUGGUGUCAGUGGAACAGCAUUCAAGUCUCACUGACACCAGCUGCAAGGCUGAUAAUUAGCACAAAAACCAACUGAUGGCCACCUGAAUUUAUAAAGCCUGCAGGUUGAAUGCAAACACACGUUUAAGGUGCAAUCUAAGCAGUUUCAGACAGAAAAAAAGCCUGCAUAUUCCUACAUGCUGGGAGAUACAGCUUUUUUUUUUUUUUGGUCAACAUGUGCAUAAGAUUAUGCCCUCGAUUUCUAAUCCAGUGUGGUCCUUACUCUGACAAAAGUGCACUUCAAUCAACCAUGCACUUUUACUUAGAAGUAAAUGUGCCUGUAUCUAGUGUACCUUACUCCCAAGUAAAUGUGCACGUGAUUCUUUUCUUAAUCUCUUGGUGCAUGGUGACAAUGCUGUGAGCUGCAGUAUAUUGAAUUCCCAAUAGCUUGGUACUAUAAACAGGAUUUAAUAUUAAGUGGUCAAUUAUGCAUCACCAACAAUGCAUAAUAGUUAUACAUGUUAAUUUUAUAUAUAGAUGCCCAUUUAGAAUACAAAUAAAUGCAAUAAAGUGAGUUAAAGUGAGUGAAACUGUCAAGUGGCCGGUAUGCCUGCAGUCUGCUGCAAAGGUGCAAACUGUUGGUGGCCACUUCAAGACCCCUUGGCUCCCUCCUUAUUCUUCUCCGACUUGAAGCCAGACUUGGACUGAACAGCUUUUCUAGCAGAGGAUCCCCUUGGAUAGAGGACUGUCCUUUGAAAAGUAAGAUACCUGAUCACCCUACCUCUUGCGGUAAAGUUUCUCUCAGUCUUAGAAGUAACGUGAGGUUAAUAUCCUACGUGGAGCAAUAUGUCUAAGAUCUCAACAAAGUGUAAGAAUCCACAAAUUGUCAAGACAGGCCUGUUAAAUUUAUGGGCACAAUGGUCAAAUGUCUACCAAGCACUGAGUAGUCCAUAAUGUAUAGCUAGCAUGCUUCCCUUGGUCUAGUGGCCACAAGUUUGACAGACCUAACUGCAUACACCUAUAGUGGCCAAAUGCAGGUCCAAAUGUAGCCCUUUAUAUGGGCUCUGAAAGUCCUCCCAAUUUUUAAUUAAAAUAUUAAAAAGUUUGCAAACGGGUUCACAUAUAAGAAGGAGAAAUAUAUUUUUAAAGCUGAAUAGUGUAUAUAAUAGCCUAGUGAGACCCAAGCUCACAUUUUCCAUAACUAUGAAAUCGCCAUGUCUACAUUGUGCUGCACAGCCUGACUGCUCACAAAGGGAUUCAGAUUUGGAAACAUUUGCUGUUUUAACUGUCAUGUCUAACUUGGAAAGGCCCUUGGGAACUGUAGUUUUAGGCACAAUGUGAGGGGGCUUGCGUUCCUAACAGUAGUAUUCUCAUAAAACUAAAGUAUUUAGUAUUGUUUGUGAGAAGCAAUGGACCAGAUUCAAAUCAAAGCCAGAUCAGAUGCACUGGCAGAAGUGGACUUCCCAUGGCAGACUCUCCAGCCCUCUGAAAAGGCUACUAAAGAAAUCAGGAGACCCUACUGACUGGGUGAGCUGUUGAAUGAAGAAAGGGGAGGAUCUGAAAAUACUGGGUGAGGAAACCAGUGCUGGCUGCAGGAUUUUGAGGGCUCUUGGGCAAAACAUUCUCCCCAUUAUCACCAGUUGCUGUUGCUAUUCUGCCUCUUUCUCAUGGGUGCUACCGCCUGCUUGCCUGACAGGCAGAGAGAGUAAGUAAACCAUGAGCAUCUGCUCCUCCUUCCCCUAAUCACUGUUAGAACCAGAAUGAGAGAGAGGUGAGCAAGCAGGUUGGAAAGAUGCAAAGGAGAAGAUCUCAUCAGUUCGCCUUGCUAGAUUGGUGGUCUGGCUGGUGUUCAUCCAUGCUUUCCCUUGAUGCCAAACCUGGAGGGAUCUUCCAUGAGUGGAUCCCUUUUUGCUGGGAAGACAGGUCCUUGAUCCAACCUCAUGGCUAUGGGAAGCUUAACAGUUGCAAAUCUGUAAUGGAGAUUCGACCUUAGAGAGAGAAGGGUUCAGCAGAAGCAAAAUGCUUUAGUUAAGAGCCAGCAACACUCAGCACAGGUUCUGGGAAGCUAAGUCAGAUUCUGCAAGGUACAGCACAAUAUAGCAGACAAGUGGAAAAUUCAGAGGAAAUAUUGAUUGUAGCUCAUGAUGAAAGGAUGUGGCUAGGACAGCAAACGGUAUCAGUAACAUGAAGAUCAAUUAACAAAUGAGUUUGGCACUGUAACAGCUGACUCAGGAGAACUCAGAUGUGUUUAGAAGUUGGGUGCUAAUAAAAAGUAAGGACCUCUUAUGCCCCCUGUAAACUGGUGCACAAUAUGAAGGUGACCUCUGGAUGAUGAUGAUGAUGAUGUGGAAACAAACCAAAAUAACCUUGGAAUCUGAACUGUAACAGGAUCUCUCAGGAGAAGGUCCUAGAUUUCAACUUCAUUUUCAUGUGCGAAAAGAUCAGAACCUAUAAUUUCUGAUAGAUUAUUGUGUCUGGUUAUGAUUUUGUCCCUUAUUUGUCUUUUCACAUGGUAUAUCUAAAUGUUUCUCAAAGGAGGGGUGAUUUGCUAUUACUGCCUCUAUGCUCCUCUGUUGAGAUUUUUGUACUGGCUCUCCACAUUUUGAAUUUUACUGUUUCCAUGGUGUUGCUGCAUCUGGCUGUAGAUGGUGCAAAUAUAAAAAGUGCAAUUUAAAAUAUAAUAUUUAUUAUACCAAGGAGAGUUUUUAAUAAAAUCUUGCCAUGUGUUCAAUGACUCGUUGUGUCUGCUUAAAUGAAUAGACAGCAACAUUAACCAUUUGUAUUCUUGUAUUUCUGUACUGAUGUGUGGGAUAUUAUUUUUUAUAAAACACAAUACAAGUAAAAUACAACUGAAGUUCCAGUAUAGUUAUUGAUAGCAGCUCAUCUAAAUGUUACAUGUCUAAAUGUAUUUUGUUAAUUUAAAACAAAUAAAUAAAGAUAUACCAAAGGU